CUGAAGCUGUUUGAUGACAGACGUUACUUAACUCUAUUCUCUAAAAAGUAUUUCAGAAAAUACAAUACAUAAUCAACUAUUGCGUCAUAUUUCCGCGCCGCGUGCUAGGAGCACUGUGGAGGACAUCAAACAUGAGCCACCUUGGAUUUGUAUUUCUUCUGCUCGCGCCUCUAGCCUGGUGUCUUAUUUGGGGUGCUGCAGCUCGCUCUCUGCCCGCCUGCCACGAGCAGCUGGAGUUCAGGUGUAGCGAUGGCUCGUGCAUCCAGAGAACGAGGGUGUGUGACGCACACAAAGACUGUGAGGACGGAUCAGAUGAACACCGCUGUGGUUACCUGUGGUGUAAAAAAGACGAAUUUGCAUGCCGCAGCAGACGGUGCAUAUCUCCACAUUUCCGUUGCAAUGGCGUGGACGACUGUGGCGACGCCAGCGACGAGGCUUUCUGCCAGAACUGCAGCACCCCUGGCUCCUUCUCCUGCGGGCCGUCUGACACCUGCCUGCCCAGAAACAAGCUGUGUGACGGGCGAACCGACUGCAAAGACGGGCGGGACGAGUCUCUGGAGUUGUGUGGUUUGUCUCAGCCACAUCUGCAGACUUCUCCCUCGUGUACGGCGUCUGAGUUCCAGUGUGGAGACGGGCAGUGCAUCCGCCAGACCUGGAGGUGUGACCACUCGCCAGACUGCACUGAUCGCAGCGACGAGGACAACUGUGAACAGAACGAAUGUCUGGUCAAUAAUGGAGGCUGCUCUCAUCACUGUGUGGACCAGUCGAAGGGUUUCCUCUGCGACUGCCCCGACAACAUGAGGCUGGUCGCGGACAGCCAGUGUGAGGAGAUCGACGCGUGCCUGGAGAGCGAUGUGUGCGAUCAGCUGUGUGUUCACAUGAACGGCAGCCUCGCCUGCGACUGCCACAAGGACUACCUGAUGAAUACUACGACGAGAGAGUGCAAGGCCAAAGGAGAUGAGGCUCAACUGGUUUUCACAUCUUCUAAAGGAAUACGAUGGAUAAGCAUCACUGGCACUGAGUACAGGGAGCCGGCACUACAUUUACCAGGAUCAGGGCCAGUGGCAGCUUUGGCCUCUAACCAAACACUCUACUGGGCCCGGCAAGGACAAGACUCUGUAUACAGGGUCUCCAUGGAUGGAAAGCCGCAGGAUUCGGUGUUGGUGUUGAAAGUUCAAGGUUCAGUGUCGGGCCUCGCUGUGGACUGGAUCCAGCAGCUCCUCUAUUGGACCAGUAUGGAGAGCGGUUCUGUUAACGUUGCCCUGAUGGACGGCUCUGUUCAGCGACCGCUUAUCACAGGACUGGACAAACCUUCAGCAGUUGUUGUGGAUCCUCUCCAAGGGCUGCUCUUCUGGGCUCAGUGUGGCAGCGUCCCAAAGAUUGAGAGAGCUAGCUCGGACGGCCGAGACAGGAAGACUCUGGUCACUUCCUUAAUACGCAACCCUGUCGCUCUUUCUCUUGAUAUGCCUCGUCAGCUGCUGUACUGGGUUGACCAGGGAAUGAGAAGCAUCUCCAGAGUAAAUCUAGAGGGCCGUCACCGUAAAACAGUGGUAGAGUCUAACGGUUAUCUGGACCGGCCCUUCGGACUGACUGUGUUUGAGGGUUUUGUAUAUUGGAGUGAAGAAGUGACGCGCUCCAUCUGCCGGGCCAACAAGCACAAUGGCGGCAACUUCAAAGUACUGCUGUCCAGCGUCGCCUCACCGGGUGGCGUGGUCAUCAUUCAUCCUGUUCUCCAGCCAAACGGGCCAUCUGUAUGCGGACAUACCGGGAUGGUGUGCCAGCACCAGUGCAUUGUGGACCUGCUGUCUGAGAGUCCACAUUUCAGCUGCACUCCUCCAGAAAAAGGACAAAAGAAAUCUCAAGAAAUUCCUGACAUUUCUCGCACAGUUCCUGCAUCAUUAUCUGACCCUACAGUCGCUGGAAUCAUCUCUCUUAUUAUGUUUUUUAGUGUGCUGCUGGUGGGAAUGGCUCUGUGGUGGUGGAGAGAGGAGUUCAGGCCGUCCAGGUCUCUCACUGAGCAGAGCUUCUCCCUCAAAGAGUCCCAGGACCCGCUCAUCAUUCAGGGGCCUUACAUGGGUCCAAAUGCAUGUCUCGUCAAGGAAACUCUGCUUAAGCUGGACUUGGACGGUGAAUGAAGAAUGUGCAACACAGAUGGCCAGCUUCAUCUGGUGCUGCCUCUGCCCCCGCAGUGACUUCAGGGCCGACAGGGAGAAGAGACAACAAACUCUCCCUGUUGUGUCCCAACUCUCUCUGCAGAUUAAAAUCACGCCAGAAAUGACCCGCUGGUAAAUAUCAGAGUUCAGAUGGGGGGGGGGGGGGGGCUUCAAACAGUUACUUCUGUUUUGAAUAAGUGUUAUUUUCAGCCGUUGUUGUAUGAUGUUUGUUUAUAUUCUAUUGAACAAACAUGCAUCUAUUUUCUUGUGCUUUGAAUAUCAGCACGGAUGAACUCGUUGCCUUAUUUUUCAAACCCUGUUAUCAGCAGGUUGAUGGAACUGUUUAGAUUAGAGCUGAAGCUAUUAGCUAAUUAAUCGCUUGGUUGAUCAACAGAAAAUGAAUCGGCGACUGAUUUAUGAUUUAAGUCAAAAUGCCAAGCAUGGAUUUGGUGGUUCCAGCUUCUGGUUUUUAUUUUCCUCUGACAGUAAACUAAAUAUAUUUGGGUUUUUGGAUAAAACGAGCAAUUGGGAGACUUUGCAUUUUCUAAGAUUUUUCAGACCAAACGAUUGAUUGGAAAUAUUUGGUAAUUGCAGUGCUACUGUAGAUUUUCAUUUUAUUGCUUAGUUGCACUUUCUCAACAUUUAUUCCAUCUUAUUGCAAUCACAACUAGAUUUUUCCAAUAUGAUGGAUGAUUUAUACUUUCCAACAAAAUAUUAUAUUAUAAAUAUAUAGAAAUAUAAUGAAUAAUGCAUCGUUCCACUGGUUUGUUCUUCAGGAUUUUCACUCUCUUUGUUUGUAAGUCAGAGAAAUGCAUUAUUGCAUUGUGAAUGCUUUGUUCAAUGAACAAUCUGAUCGGAUAGUUCCUUUGGAGUAAUGCGCUUAUUCACUUUCUUACCGAGAGUUAGCUGAGAAGAUACCACUCUCCUCAGGGGCGUCAAUCUUCUCAUCAAACUCUUAAGUGAAUAAAUUAAUUUAACUAUUCCGCUGAAGCUUGCAAAACUUGACUGGUUUUUUGAAAGGGCAAAAUCUUUACUCCUAAAAUCAGAUUUUGCCUGAUGAGUUCUGCAGGUGGCGCUAGAAGAAAGUUCAGUAAACCACCUAAGUCGGUAGGAUUUGUCCUCUGAGGACCAUCAAUGUCUGUACGAAAUUUCAUGGCGAUCCAGCAAAUAGUUGUUGAGAAAUCUUCACCAAAAAAUCUUUUUUUAGACCAGUUAAAUUUUGUGAGCUUUAAUCCAACGUGUAGUUACUCUAUUUUAUUUAUUUUUUUGUUCAUGUAAUCUGUUCUCCUGUACCUCGCUUACAGUAAAUAUCGUACAGGAUGUGCACACAACCACCUGUAACAUGUAAUGUAUUAUCUAAAGUUCUAAAGCUGGCCGUAAUUAUUAAUGCAGCAUUGAUGUCUGUUUUGCAGCCUAGAAGUUAAUUUGAAGUGGCCUUUGAAAGUUAAGUCGAUAGAUCGUUUCAUUCUUAUGGGGGACUUCUGCAAUAAACACAUCUGGACGUGUGGCAUUGUAACUUCCUAUGGAUAAAAUCAUCAAAUAACGAUAAGGUACUAAAGUUUAAGUUACUUAACUACUGUUUUUUUGGCUCAAAUCAGCCACAAAAAUCUAUAUCCACCCUCUUUAUUUAUUUUUUUGUCUGUAAAUGUUGGAAGAAAUGAUCUGGUGGUUCAAUGGGAACAAAUAUGUGUUUAGUUUUGUUUGGUGAAAUGUCUCCUCUUUGGAUUUGCUUGUGUGCACGGAGCCUGGUUAUAGUUUGAGUGAAUGUUUGGUUGAUCGACUUGCCUUGUUUGAAUUCAGUCUUUUUGUGUUUUUUUUGUUUCGUUAUUUUGGUCUCAAAGAAACACACUGACUGAUAUAAAUCCAUCGGCAUGGAUUAAGAGAAUUCUGUAAAUGUGCUCAAACUGCUGAGUUGUGUGGUUGGUAUUUAUUUUUAAGAAAGGAUUUUAUUUAUUUUUUUGGCAGCAUUGCAGCAAGUAUAGUACUGUAUUUGGAUAAUCUGUUAGACACUGUAAAUGAAUCAAAUAAAGUAUUUUGUUUUGUUUUCCUA